GCAGGGCGAUCGAAAGAGUCGGUGCCCCCCACCAUCAUUCCCCCGCCCCCGCGAUUGCGGGAAUCGCCAAGAACGACGACGACAAGGGAGGAGCGAAAGGAGGGACGAAAAAGUUGUGGCGUCUGCAGCGGUGAUAAGAGAGACGAGGGACCGAGAAAGAAGGGAAGUUUUCGCUUUCUCGGCGUGAAUCCCAUCCCAGGAGUGGAGAAAGUUGCGAUCUUUGGAUCGGGAGGAGAUAGUGUCUCUGAGGCCGGAGCUUGGUUUUGGGAUUACCAUCUGAACUUAGCAACAAGACGGGAUCGAAUUUUCAUAGCUUAAGCGGCUAGAAAUCCGGAGUAGGUGAUUGAUUUGGUAGGAAAAUGUCAAAUUUCGUCGGCGUUCUUGUCUCCGAUCCCUGGCUCCAGAAUCAGUUCACGCAGGUCGAGCUUCGAGGCCUUAAAUCCAAAUUUCUUUCCACCAAAAGGGAGUCAGGGCAUGUGAUUGUAGGAGAUCUGCCCCCGUUGAUGGGAAAGCUGAAGGGUCUCAAAGAUGUGGUUACUGAGCAAGAGAUUGCAGGCAUUUUAGCCGAAUCCUACGCUGAAACCUCGCAUGAAUUGGACUUCGAGUCAUUCCUUCAGGCAUAUCUGAAUCUGCAAGCUCGUGUGGCAGAAAAAUCAGGUGAAAUGAAGAACUCAUCAUCGUUCUUGAAGGCCACCACGACUACGCUCUUGCACACCAUAAACGAAUCUGAGAAGGCAUCUUAUGUGGCACACAUCAACAGUUAUCUUGGAGAAGACUCAUUUUUAAGGAAAUACCUUCCAUUGGAUCCUGCAUCUAAUGAACUUUUCAACCUUGUCAGAGAUGGUGUUCUCCUAUGUAAAUUGAUCAACGUUGCGGUGCCGGGCACUAUUGAUGAGAGGGCGAUCAAUACAAAAGGAGUACUCAAUCCAUGGGAGCGAAAUGAAAAUCACACUCUUUGCCUCAACUCUGCGAAGGCUAUUGGGUGCACUGUCGUCAAUAUUGGAACACAAGACUUGAUUGAAGGGCGGCCUCACUUGGUGCUUGGCUUGAUAUCUCAAAUUAUAAAGAUACAACUCUUGGCAGAUCUGAACCUCAAGAAGACACCACAGCUGAUUGAGUUGGUAGAUGACAGCAAGGACAUGGAGGAAUUAAUGAGCUUGGGACCCGAGAAAUUGUUACUAAAAUGGAUGAAUUUUCAUCUAAAGAAAGCAGGAUACAAGAAAACUGUAACAAAUUUUUCUUCUGAUGUGAAGGAUGGUGAGGCAUAUGCUUACCUUCUUAAUGCUCUUGCACCUGAACAUUCCAGCCCAGCUGUUUUGGAUACUAAAGAUCCCAAUGAAAGGGCAAAAAUAGUACUUGAACAAGCUGAAAAGCUGGAUUGCAAACGGUAUCUAAGUGAAAAAGACAUUGUUGAAGGCUCUCCUAAUCUGAACCUUGCAUUUGUUGCUCAGAUAUUCCAGCAUAGGAAUGGUCUAUCCACUGACACUAAGUCGAUUUCCCUAUCUCAAAUGAUGCCGGAUGAUAUCCAAGUAUCCAGAGAUGAGAGAGCCUUUCGGUUAUGGAUUAACAGUCUUGGAAUUGCUACAUAUGUUAAUAAUUUGUUUGAGGAUGUCAGGAACGGAUGGGUUCUUUUAGAAGUACUUGACAAAGUGUCUCCUGGAUUAGUUAACUGGAAGCAUGCAACUAAACCUCCAAUUAAGAUGCCAUUUAGAAAAGUGGAAAAUUGCAACCAAAUUAUAAAGAUUGGCAAGGAGUUGAAUUUUUCGCUUAUAAAUGUUGCUGGCAAUGACAUUGUCCAAGGAAAUAAGAAGCUCAUUCUUGCUUAUUUGUGGCAGUUGAUGAGAUUCAAUAUUCUUAAACUUUUAAAGAACUUGAGAUAUCACUCCCAAGGAAAAGAGAUAUCAGAUGUUGAUAUUCUAAAUUGGGCCAAUAGCAAGGUGAAGGGUUCAGCCAGAACACCUCAAAUGGAGAGUUUCAAGGAUAAGAACUUGUCAUAUGGAAUAUUUUUACUCGAGCUUCUUAGUGCUGUAAAACCAAGGACUGUAAAUUGGAAGCUUGUUACAACGGGUGAAAGUGAUGAAGAGAAGAAGUUGAAUGCCACAUAUAUCAUCACUGUUGCGAGAAAGCUUGGCUGCUCUGUCUUUUUGUUGCCUGAGGAUAUCAUAGAGGUAAACCAGAAGAUGAUUCUUACUCUUACUGCCAGUAUCAUGUAUUGGAGUCUGCAGCAAACUGGAGAAAACUUUGAACCAUCAGAAGAGGAUUCUGUAUCACAGACAGCCCCAUCUGACGGAGAUGGAAGUGCUGUUGCAGAGAGCAUUUCUGACUUGGCAAUCGAUGAUGCUGCUUCAGAUACAUCCCAGUCAGAAAAUGGCAAUUCGACUAUUGGGGGAUGACCCGGAGAUCUAGUUCACCGAAUGAAUUAUCAAGCAAAAGAGGAAAACAUGCAUAUGGAAGUUUCAUUAGAAAAUAUUUUAUACAUUUGUGCUGCGAUAUAGUAGGAUGCCUUCUUGUUUUUGUGGAGAAAAAUUACAUCUACAGUAGAAUACAGGUGUCAUUCUUUUUUUCCAUAUAUUAUUUGGGUGAUAAGGAUGAAGGACGGUCAACAAAUUGCUUCAAUGUGUUUUGUUCCUACAGUAGUUAUUCUUUGACAAUUUGUUCAAAUAAUUGAAGGGAUAGGAUUUCAUAUUUUUUGGGCCCGUUUAUCGACGACAUGUAAUAUCUCCUAUAAGAUGGUGUCUAUUUGUGGUUUAGUUUGUAAACAUAUUUUCCAUCAGAAGACAUUAGCAUACAAUGUAUUACAUUCUGGAGAUUAAUACUGAA